GAGAGAGAGUUGAGUUAUACGAGUGGUUAUGGAAAAUGAGAGAGAGCGAGCGGUCUGAUGAGCGGUAGAGAAGAGAGUAGAGAGAAAGGUUUCCAAUUGGAACCGAUCAUUAUCAUCUUCAUCGUUUCUUCUUCUGAGAUUAUUAUUGAAUUUUGCUUGUAAAGUUUUGAUUUUUUAUUUCAUCUUUUUUAUUAAAGUUUUGAUUUUUGAUUGAUUAAGAAAGAGAGAGAGAGAGAGAAAUGGAGUUGCAAAUGAAGGUGGCUGAAGCGGUUCACGUUCUGAAUCACGACAGUGAUUCGUGCAACCGCGUGGCAGCGAAUCAAUGGCUGGUCCAAUUUCAGCAGAGCGACGCCGCAUGGGAAGUGGCCACUUCCAUUCUCACUUCUCCUUCUUCCCAAAAUUCAUUCCUUUCUCAUUUCGAGCUCGAAUUCUUCGCUGCCCAGAUUCUCAAACGCAAGAUCCAAAACGAAUCCCAAUUCUUACACUCUCCUGUUAAGGACGCUUUGCUUAAUGCUCUUCUCCUCGCCGCCAAACGAUUCAGCUCCGGCCCUCCUCAGCUUUUGACCCAAAUCUGCCUUGCACUCUCUGCCCUUAUACUUGGUGCUGUUGAGCAUGGAAAACCUAUUGAGCAACUGUUUUACAGUCUUCAGAAUCUUCAGACCCAGCAAGAUGAUGGUAAUAUUGCUGUUUUGGAGAUGCUUACUGUUCUUCCUGAAGAAGUUAUUGAAAAUCAACAUGGUGGUGAUACUAAACUCACAUUAACCAAUAGAACUCAAUAUGCCCGUGAGCUUCUUUCCCAUACUCCUAUGGUUCUUGAGUUCCUACUACAGCAAUCCGAGAAAACCUUUGAUGCUGCUAUGCAACUACAUGAAAGGAAUAGAAAAAUUCUCCGUUGCUUUCUCAGUUGGGUUCGAGCUGGCUGCUUCUCAGAGAUUCCUCAUGGUUCAUUGCCUGCACAUCCACUUCUUAAUUUUGUAUUCAAUUCCUUGCAGGUGAAUUCUUCAUUUGAUUUGGCUGUUGAAGUUCUUAUUGAACUUGUUAGUCGACAUGAGGGGCUACCCCAUGCGUUGUUAUGUAGGAUACAUUUUCUUAAGGAAGCACUUCUUCUUCCAGCUCUUAACAAUAGAGAUGAGAAAGUUAUUGGUGGUAUUGCAUGCUUAUUGUCAGAGAUUGGGCAAGCUGCACCAUCAUUGAUUGUAGAAGCAAGUGCUGAAGCACUUGCACUGACAGAUGCACUUUUAAGUUGUGUUGCAUUUCCGAGUGAAGACUGGGAGAUAGCAGAUUCAACUUUGCAGUUCUGGUCUAGUCUUGCAAGCUAUAUUCUUGCUAUUGAUGAUGACAGUGCACAGAAAAGAAAGCAUGCUGAAGACAUGUUUUCUACAGUAUACUCAACAUUACUCGAUGCCCUCUUAUUGCGUGCUCAGGUAGAUGUAGCAACUUUUGAUGACAAAAGAGGAGCCGCAGAACUGCCUGAUAGCCUUGUCCACUUUAGAUCAAACCUCGUUGAACUUUUGGUGGAUAUUUGUCAGCUCUUAAGAUCUGCUAAUUUCACACAAAAGCUUUUCUUUGGUGGUUGGGUCUCUCAGAACGUACCUUGGAAAGAGGUGGAGGCCAAAUUGUUUGCUCUUAAUGUGGUUGCUGAGGUAAUCCUACAAGAGGGCCAAACUUUUAAUUUCUCUAUGGUCAUGGAAUUGGUGAAUUUGCUGUCCACUAGACCCUCUGAUGAGCUUAAGGGCUUCAUAUGCAUUGUUUAUAGAUCACUUGCAGAUGUAAUUGGUUCUUAUUCCAAGUAUAUAUCUGCUUUUCAAGUAGACACCAGAUCCUUAUUAUUAUUUCUUGCCACAGGGAUAUCCGAACCUCUGUCUUUGAGUUCUUGUGCAUGUGCCCUCCGUAAAGUCUGUGAAGAUGCUUCUGCUGUGAUUUAUGAACCCACUAAUUUGGAGAUUUUGAUAUGGGUAGGAGAGGGCCUGGACAAGAGGCAGUUACCUUUGGAUGAUGAGGAGGAAAUUGUCAAUGCCAUAAGUCUGAUUCUGGGUUCCAUUACAAAUAAAGAUUUAAAGAGCACCAUGUUGGGUCGAUUGCUAUCUUCUAGCUUUGAUUCUAUUGGAAAACUUGUUGAUGAGAACAACCGCGGCCUAAGAGCAAAUCCAGCUGUUUAUACACAAAUUUUGAACUCUGCUGCCAGAGGGUUGUACAGAAUGGGAACUGUAUUCAGUCACCUUGCUACGUGCCUACCAAGUGGGCCUGCUUCAGAUGAUUCUGUACUUUCCCUACUUAGAUUUUUUUGGCCCAUGUUGCAGAAGCUUUUCAGGUCUGAACACAUGGAGAAUGGUAAUUUAGCUGUAGCAGCUUGUCGUGCUCUUUCACAAGCAAUUCAAACCUCAGGACAACACUUUGUAACAAUACUGCCUGAAGUACUAGAUUGUUUGUCAACAAAUUACGCAUCAUUCCAAAGUCAUGAAUGCUUCAUCAGAACAGCUACUGUUGUUCUUGAGGAAUAUGGUCACAAAGAAGAGUAUGGACCUUUGUUUGUCACCAUGUUUGAAAGAUUUACUCACGCAUCGUCAGUAGUGGCUCUCAAUUCUUCGUAUAUAUGCGACCAAGAGCCUGAUCUAGUAGAGGCAUACACAAAUUUUGCAUCCUCUUUUGUCCGCUGCUGUCAUAAGGAUGUACUGGCUGCAUCUGGUUCGCUUCUUGAAAUUUCCUUUCAGAAAGCAGCCAUAUGUUGCACGGCUAUGCAUCGUGGAGCAGCACUAGCAGCAAUGUCGUACUUGUCUUGUUUCUUGGAGGUGGGUCUGACCUUUCUUUUGGAUCCUAUGACUUGUAUCUCCGAUGGAUCAUUUAGUGCUAUGAUCGUUCAGGUCAUUUCUCAUUGCGGUGAGGGACUUGUAUCUAAUGUUGUAUAUGCUUUACUUGGCGUUUCAGCAAUGUCGCGGGUUCACAAAUGUGCUACAAUCUUGCAACAGUUGGCAGCGUUUUGCAGUUUAAGCGAGAGAACAUCAUGGAAGGUUAUUCUUAGUUGGGAAUCGUUGCACGGAUGGCUGAACUCAGCGGUGCAAGCUCUUCCUGUUGAAUACUUAAAGCAAGGGGAGGCAGAGACCAUAGUGCCAGAUUGGUUCGAGGCCCUGGCAGGUGCAGCCUCAGAUUAUGUUGAGAGCAAGAGCCGAGAUGCGCUGCAGAAUGAUUACACUUACGGGCAUAUGCAAGGCAAAGGGGGAAGAAUGUUGAAGAGAUUAAUUCGCGAGUUCGCUGAUAAUCACCGAAAUGUUCCAAAUCUGACUUGAUAGCAGCAGCCACUAAAUGCAAUUUGUCUAACCAUAGAUUAUGAUGAAGAAGAUGAAGAAGAGGAUGAUGAUGAUGAUGAUGAUGAACAACUACAGGGGAAUGAAAUCUCUGGUGUAGUUGGUGAUGAUAAUUGUGAUGGCGCGCAUUGGCUUACCAUUUGAUUUUAAGCAAAAUUUGCAGUACAUAAUUUAGAUUAAUAUAGUUGCACCCCAAAUCUAAUAUUCUUGUACAGUGGGUGAGUGAGUGAGUAAAGAAAACAAAGAGGUGCCAAUUUUGUCAUAAUACCAGGCAUGAAACAACUAUUACAAUUAUUGUUUAUUUAUUAUUAUUAUUAUUAUUAUUAUUAUUAUUAUUAUUAUUA